UCCUCCAAACCAUGCGUACGCAUGGGUCAGAGUUUGCUUAGUUAUUUUUUUAUAGAUCACAUUCACAACCUUGGCGUGGAAAGUCACGAAGUACGCCACCUUCAGCCCCGUUUUGUGCAUACGCAACGGUUAUAAAUGAGACCCCAGGAGAAUAACAGGCCUCUGUACAUGUUUAACAGAAUUCUAACACAAUGCUGCCCUCUGGUGGUUCGGCAGAGGUACUUCACUUAAACACGACUAAGGGCCAGCUUCCAUGUUGUUGUCUUUAGUUGAGUACAUUCUUGUUGGUAUACGUGUCAUUUUAUCUGGGGAGACUGGAGACCCUCCCCCACCAGUAAAAAUAGAAUCCGUUUAUACAGUAAAAAUAUAUCAUACUUUAAUUUGUAUGUAGUAAUGUUGAAAAAUGCGAGCAGCCUCCUUGGAACUUCAAUGAGGAAGUCAAAGGCGUUGUUAGGACAGUCAACGUUCCUCCAAGGAACACGUGAGACUCACAGCUGCAGAGAGAGAGAGAGACGCCUGUUAGGAAAAUAAGCUGACAAUACGAAAGGUAUUGAGUGAGACUGGUAGUAGGAAGAGAGAGAGAGGAGGGGAGAGGAGGGAGGAAAGGAGAGAGGAGGGGUGAGGAGAGAGGAACUAAAACCGCAACUGCAACAAUAUGUGGAACAUUUGAAGCUAUAGUUCACAAACCUUACUUUAUAUAAUAAACUUGAUGUAAGUCUCAAUGUAUAAUGUAUAAUGCGUACAUGACCCACCCCCGAGGUAUGUGACACGCCCCUUGAUGAGAUGAGCUUUACUUUUGACACCAGGUCAGCAAACCAAGUUCCUAUAAAAACAUGAAUAUGGAACCUAAAACGUAUCAUAGUAAAUUACAAGUUAAUCCUGCCUCAAUCGUCCCUCGCUGCGAUUGGUUGAUUCCAGGUCACCUGCCGUCCAGACCCAAUAAGAAGACCCUAAAGCAGAGGUUCCUCAGACUGCUGCCCUGCUACCCGUCAGCCUCGAGCUCCUCCACCAAUCAGAGCAACGAGGCGGGCGACGGGGAGCUCUCCACGGUGUACUGCAGACCAGAAGGUCUGGACAAGCUCGCCCAGCGGACCAAGUUCAACCGGAGAGAGCUCCAGAUUCUCUACAGGGAGUUCAAAAAUGAGUGCCCCGGUGGGACGGUGGACGAGGAGGGCUUUAAGGCGAUCUACUCGCGCUUCUUCCCCCAGGGAGACUCCAGUAUGUACGCUCACUUCCUGUUCAGAGCGUUCGACACGCAGAGGGACGGCGCGGUCAGCUUCCAGGACUUUGUGACGGGGCUGUCCUCCAUCCUGAGGGGCUCUGUGACGGAGCGGCUGAGCUGGGCCUUCUGCCUGUACGACCUCAACAACGACGGCUGCAUCUCCAAAGAGGAGAUGAUGGACAUCAUGCACUCCAUCUACAACCUGAUGGGGAAGAACACCCCGGGCAUGAAGGCCAGCGCCCCAGACGAGCACGUCGACCUCUUCUUCAGGAAGAUGGACCGGAACAGAGACGGCGUGGUGACCAUGGAGGAGUUCAUGGAGACGUGCAGGAAGGAUGAGAACAUCAUGCAGUCAAUGCACAUGCUGGACCACGUCAUCUAGAGCGGAGGCUGGAGACCCAGGGAGAAGACCAGGACCCUCCAGACCGGGACCAGGGCUACUGGGACCGGUUCUAGUCCUAGCGCGGGACAUGCAGAGUAAUGAUUGUGCAUUUAGACGCAGUGGUAAUACAAUGUCACUCACACCAUGACCACUCUUUGAGAUGGACAUGUCGCUGGACGUGCUUCCAUACGGCAUGAGUACAACGUCUGACCGCGGCAGUCAGUGCGUCGUACUGCCUCACAUGAACACACAAUCACCUUUGGACGAUCAAUGAUUUGGGCUCUGAUAGGUUGAACUGAUUAUCAAUGCAUGAGGUGUGAUCUGACCGUUAUAUCACACGUGGUUUAUUUAAAGUAUCUAUGCAUAGAAAAAUAUUUCAGGCAAUGGAUAUAUUUCUACAUAUUUAGAAAUAUGAUUUGAAACAAUUCAUGACUGGUCUACGCCAUUUUCUUUGAAUUAAUCAAUGAAUGAACUUUUAGUUCUACAAUCUAAACGAAGCAGCUACACACAGCUGGGAAAUGUCAAUUAUUGCACACUAAAAUCUAAUUUGUUUAGCAAAGAAUGUGUAGGUGAGAUUAUGGAAAUAAUUAAAGCACACACAUUUCCAAUCAGUUUGUAAUGAACACUGGAAACCGAUUUUGUUUAAUAUAUAUUCUUUAUUUUUGUAAACAAAAUUUAAGUAAAAAAUCGUAAGUACAAAGACCACUUUUCUUCAGUAGUUUAUUCUAGCGCUAGUAGUUUGCCCGGCUAAAUUAAUAUAUGGUGAACAACCGUGUCGACGUUGACCAUUAAUGCAAAGAUACAAAAUAGUUUGUUUAAGAUUUAUUCUAUCACAAAGAAGAUGCAUCUCUGAAAGGUUGCUUGAGGCCAAGAUAUGACCGGUGUAGGAAACAUCUUAAAACAUUUGGAACGAUCAGAACUUUUGUUACAGAGACAGUCUUUGUCGACCUUAUCCAAAAUAACCAACGAAUAAUAAACACGUUAUAACCCAGAAACGGGCACCCAGCAGUUAUUAAUCUGCCCUCUCCAUUGGUUCUCCAUUGAGGCGUGAGAUGUGAACGUUAGACUGCUCCACCUUCGGGCGACACCACCCACUCUCCCGACGGUUGCUGAUCGGACCGAGGAGCGUCCUAAAGAUCAUGAUCGCCGUGGUGUCGGCAGUAUCGAUUACUCUUUUCCGUAUAAAAUGGAAGCUACAUGAUUAUCGUCACAAAAUAAAAAUCUCUUUGGCAUAGAUUAUUCACCCCAAAAGCACACGCACACAUACACGCACACACCCUUAAAA